AUUUUACUGACAGUUGAUGCAAUUUCUAGGGAGAUGACCCAGGGGAUGACCAGGCUACACAAACAUAAGUACAAGAUAUUUGCCCAUGUAUUAUUAUGUAUAUCCCAAGAUGCAUACGUUAACUGACAACAAAACUAGUGUCACAUUGCCACAUUGUUCUCACACUAUACGGUGGAGUCUACUGAAGUCUACAGUCAAAAGGCCUACAAUGUUACAAAACAAAUUUAUGGAUCAGCGAUUUUCUCCAUCACUACCUUCAAACUAUAAAUAAAGCGGUGUAGUUCCGCUUGAUGAGAAGCUCAUGUGAUACCAUCAUGCAAUAACACAAAGGACAUCAUUUGCUAUUGAGGUCAAAUGACUUCCUUGUAGACGACAUGGUGUAAUUUGACUGCAUAAAUGACAGGCGUGUCGCGUACAUGCAUCACACUAUGGAGUCCCAGAAGGGACACUGUCGUUUUGUCACCCUUACAAAAAACAAUGAAAACCGAGUCAAAAUUAACCAAAAGCGAUAGUGUGUCAACGCACAUGUUAACCAUUUGUCGUAUUGUCGCGGUUUGAAUAAUAGUUUUGAUUUUUACCAAAAGGGCCACAACGUGACAAUAUCCCUUCUGGGAUACCAUAUUCACACAGCACACAAAGCCGUACAUGUGACAUUGAAACUGUGCACGAAGGUGUAAUCGAGGAAAUACCAGACAAAACAAAAGUGCUGUUUGAUUUGGGCAGGUAUUCUAUGGAUUAAACCUUCCUAGAGGAUUUAUCUGAUUUCGCCACACUGGAUACCCUGUCCUCCGGACACUGACUAAUAUAACCCGCUGGGGAAAUAGAAAGGUUUCUGUUCUACAGACCAUUAUCCGAACACCGCCUCCAGAUCCAGUUUGGUCGUAUAAACACAUUGUGUGUGGGAAAGUGAAUCAUUUCGAAGAGAUUUACUUUGGUGAAAAACUGCUUUGGUGCUGACACAACCUUAGAUCACAGAUUAAGUUGAGAAGAAAAGGAUUUAUAGAGCCCUAACAAGAAUUGAACCUUACAUAACUUGCAAGAAAGCAAUAGCACCAGGCUCUCUUCAGGUUUACGUCGUGGGAAUGCUCUUUUUUCUUUGAAGCCAUGACAAAUGGACACAUGGCUUCAUUCCGAGGCACGCUAGUAGCAGUAUUUGGUAUCACUCUAUUCAUAAUGGGUUAUAUCAGCUCUCAUUUUGAACCAGUCAGAAACCUGGAGGUAACUUUGGAGUCCCAAAAUAAGGCAUUUUAUCCCCCUAAUCCUAUAAGCGGUGACAAUUAUGGAUCCAGAUGCCCAAGCGUUCUGCAGAACAUGACCGAAGGUCAUUGGAGUACGAGAAAGCUUACCGAAGCCCAACGUAGACAAUCAGAACGGUUUUAUCACAUGGCCUUGAACCACAAAGGAGUACCCAAUUCCCUCCAGAGACAUGACAGUCGAUGUGGUGACAUAGGCUACACAAACGUAACGACUUUUCUUCGAGCAAUUUGCAAUCCUACAGGACCGACCCCUUGCUGCUACAACUUCAAGUGUGUUAAAAAGACAGAAGCCCAGUGUCGGUGUAAAAACUGUUGGGAUAUUCGACAGCAGAUUCACGCAGAAUAUUCUACCUGGAUACCAUCCGAUCCCCGGUGCCAACUACGACAAUACAGUGCCAAACAAAGCUGUCAGUUGUUGGACGGCGGAACCAUCCGCUUCCUUGGGGAUUCCCUCGUGCGACACAUCUACACAGGCUUGCUGAUGACGGUUCGAGGCAAUUUCAAAGACGGCGGUGUUAAACCCACAGAAUCCCCACAGUGGAAAUCCAAAUGCUCAGGGAUGAACAUGUUCGAAGAGAGAAACUGUAGGAGGCGUUUGGACGCGCAGCCAAAGAAUAUAUGUAGAGGCAGAGUGACGCUCAGUUGGAAGAAACAUUACGUUAGCAGAAGAUGGGCAGAGCUUAUAAAUGAAGUCACAGAAGGCUUAGCUGACCGGCGGAAGUUGUUUGUUGUUGGUAUAGGUAUUCAUGAGGAUUAUAACUCAACUAAAGUGAAGAUAAAAUAUCUGAAGCCAACGUUCGAUAGGUUACGAAAAAUUGGUAUUCUCUGGCCCAAGGUAUUGUUUGUUGAUAUGAAUGCUCCAGGAAUUAUGAAACGUUCAGAUACACAGUCAAAGCCUCACGUCCUUCGAUUCAAUCGCCAUAUGGAGAAGUUUCUGAAGGUAUAUAAAGUACCCGUUUUUAAGACAUUUAAUAUGACAGACGGCGUGCGUAGCUUUGAUGGAACACAUUAUGCGUUAGGAGUGAAUGUCGUGAAAGCGAACAUUCUCCUGAACUAUAUACAGGAACUCAGUGAUAGUGGGGUUUGGUAGUUGAUUAUGGAAUUUAUGAAUGACAAUAUGCAUCAAAUAUUGUCGUGUUAGAUACUCGCAUGUACAUGUUGUAAGAUACAUGAAGAUUAUCAUACGGGCAUGCGUGUCAUAUGCGUUUUACGAAACGAGUGUCAGAAUUCUUGCAGUUCCCGAGCAAGUCCGAGGGUAAUACAUGAAAUCUUACACGAUCUUCGUAAAACCAGUUGACUCCCAUGCGAGUGUAAUAAUUUCUUUAUCACCCAUUAUUUCUUAAUCCUUUUGAAAUUUGCUGAUCUCGAUCACUGUCUUAAAGAAAGCUCCAGCGUCGAAUGACGUCAACAAUCUUCAGGUAUGACGUUUCUAGUGUGACGUCAUUCCGACAUUAUGUCACAAAAGAUUCGAAUGGCAUCAACAAUACACGUAAACAAUACACUGGUGCGCUUGAAAAGAUAUUUGCCCCAGUCAACGUACGUUUUUUUAUGAACUCGUCUAUUUCGAUCGCUAUUGGUUAAAAAAGAUGAAAUGCGAUUUUAAUAUUGAAAUAUAGUUUCAAAAUAAAAACAUGGUAAACAUGGUCGUUUGAUUUCUAGCUGCCUCUUGGUCCCAUGCUAAUUCCGAGUACCGACGAAUACUAAAUGCUAUGUGCUUUGAAUAUUAAUGCAUAGUUUAAAAAGGUAACACACGAAUCUGGACUCUUGGUCGUUCGGUCUGUCCAUAUUGGUUGUUCCAGGUGCUUGUCGUAAGAGUCGAGUCCGAGGCAGAACAGACCCCCCAGUACCCUUGUGAUUUGUAUGGUUCCGAACGUAUAGUCAAGCGGCUGUGAUAUAGAUUAAAUAUGCAACGUUACACAACAUUCACUCACUCGCUUAUGAUGAUAAGUUCAUCAUUGAAAUAUUUUUUAAACCCAAACAUAAAAAAAACCAACUUUAAAGAAUCAUUUAAAUUUAAAAGACUCAAUUCCUCAAAACACUACAUUCAUUCGGCUGAAACGUCGUUAUAAACAAUAGGGAAGUUAUUAUCCAUACAAAUUCCAUCGUUAUUGUUGGGUGUACGACAUAUAUGAUCAAUGAGACACUCAUUACAUUUAAAAUAACAACAGCAAAGCAGUGAUAUAUCUACUGCAAUAUAAAGAAAUAAUUCUUACAAAAUUAAACAUUUAAGAAAGAAAUAGGCAGCCCCAUGGGCGCCAAAGGUGCUCCCCUUCUUGCCGAUCUGUUUCUUUAUGCUAAACGAGGGAGCAAAAGGUUUAACUCCAGCUCUGCUUUUAGCAGAGAUUUUUUGUAGCUAUAGAAGGGUUUCACGCUUGUAUUUAACCCUACCCGGACAAUUAGUCAAGAGAGUUACCAAUGUUUAAUGUCGUAGUCUAGCUGUAUCUAGCGUCCUGUCAAUGAUAAUAGAGUACAGACAUGAUUGUCUGAUUUGGGGUUUUGAUUUGCAAAUGUGCGCCAUCACUUUUUGAAGCAAAGACAACUUUCCAUUUGGAAGUGUUUGGGGCAAUUCCUGGUUGCAAACGCAUUAUAACAAUACAACCAGCUGGCACUAGGUGCUAUGUCUUUUAACAAAUAACGCAACUAUGACGCGCAAACUGUAUAUUAACAUGCAAUCACAAAAUGCAAACUCUCCUUUCCUAAAACUGCGCUUGACAUAAAACAUGCACACACUGUCACGAAUGCCCUCACUUUUCUGUUGUAAACUUUGUCGUUGUACCCAUGCCCUUACUUCCUCAAAGUAAACUAUGUCGUUAUACCCACGCCCUAAUUUCCUCACAGUACACUAUGUCGGUGUUUCCAUGCCCUUAUGUCCCUGUGUUAAACUAUGUCGUUACAUCCAUGCCCUUAUGUCCCUGUGUUAAACUAUGUCGCUACAUCCAUGUCCUUAUGUCCCUGUGUUAAACUAUGUCGUUACAUCCAUGCCCUUAUGUCCCUGUGUUGAACUAUGUCGCUACAUCCAUGCCCUUAUGUCCCUGUGUUAAACUAUGUCGUUACAUCCAUGCCCUUAUGUCCCUGUGUUGAACUAUGUCGCUACAUCCAUGCCCUUAUGUCCCUGUGUUAAACUAUGUCGUUACAUCCAUGCCCUUAUGUCCCUGUGUUAAACUAUGUCGUUACAUCCAUGCCCUUAUGUCCCUGUGUUAAACUAUGUCGUUACAUCCAUGCCCUUAUGUCCCUGUGUUAAACUAUGUCGUUAUACCCACGCCCUUAUGUCGCUGUGUUAAACUAUGUCGUUACAUCCAUGCCCUAAUGUCCCUGUGUUAAACUAUGUCGGUGUUUCUAUGCCCUUAUGUCUUUUUUGUUAAACUAUGUCAUAACAUCCAUGCCCUUAUGUUCCUGUGUUAAACUAUGUCGUUAUACCCACGCCCUUAUGUCGCUGUGUUAAACUAUGUCGUUACAACCAUGCCCUUAUGUCCCUGUGUUAAACUAUGUCGGGGUUUCUAUGCCCUUAUGUCCGUGUGUUAAACUAUGUCGUUACAUCCAUGCCCUAAUGUCCCUGUGUUAAACUAUGUCGUUACAUCCAUGCCCUUGUGUCCCUGUGUUAAACUAUGUCGUUACAUCCAUGCUCUUAUGUCCCUGUGUUAAACUAUGUCGGUGUUUCCAUGCCCUUAUGUCCCUGUGUUAAACUAUGUCGUUAUACCCAUGCCCUAAUGUCCCUGUGUUAAACUAUGUCGUUACAUCCAUGCUCUUAUGUCCCUGUGUUAAACUAUGUCGGUGUUUCCAUGCCCUUAUGUCCCUGUGUUAAACUAUGUCGUUACAUCCAUGCCCUUAUGUCCCUGUGUUAAACUAUGUCGGUGUUUCCAUGCCCUUAUGUCCCUGUGUUAAACGAUGUCGUUAUAUCCACCACCUAACAUUCCCAAAGUAAACUAUGUCGGCGUUUCCAUGCCCUUAUUUCCAGCUUUGUCGGUGUGCCCAUGCCCUUGUUUCACCAAAGUAAACUAUGUCGUUAUAUCCAGGCCCUUAUUUCCCUAUAAUAAACUAUGUCGUUAUAUCAAUACCCUUAUUUUCCAACAGUAAAUUAUGUCGCCAAAUCCAUACCCUUAUUUCCCCAUGUUAAAUUAUGUCGUUGUAUCCAUGCCCUAUAAUGCCCUAUGUCAUUGUACCCUUCAAGAGGUCAACUUCUUUGGGAUUUCAUCGAAUAUUGUCUCCGAAUAUUCUUUAAAAAAAUAUUUGAGCUUCAGUCUUUGGAAAAAUGGAGAAAUUGCCUGCUACAAAAAAUGACAUUGUUUCAAGGUGUUUUCCAAAAAAGAUAUCUGAUCUCGAUACAAAAUCCUAGCCACCCCUGUUAGACCUCUCAGCAUUGAGUGUGGAAUUGAGAAUGCAGGACAACCUUAAGGACGACCUUCUAAAAAAACGUAAAGGGAAACCAAUAGGGUCAGUGUGAAGAAACCUUGUUAAAUUGGAACACGGCGGCUUGUACUCAAACAUGAAACAACUAUUCUAAACAAACGUUCGAGGCGUAAGUAUUGGGCGUAAGUGGAUUGUGUCAAAUAUUAAAUGUCAACGCUAGAGAACAAUCAGUAUCGAUUAUCUGCAGAAUCAGAUUCCACUGAGCGAAAAAGGAAAAAUAGUGGUUACAAUUCUAUAAAUGGAUCACUGAAAAUCGAUGACGCCGGGUGUUCGCGUGUUCAAAGCCAUACAGAAGUGAAGAGGUUGUUAUUAAACUCAGGUAAAUUUUAAGCAUAUAACCAUGAGCAUAUUUGUAAAACACAUUGACACGUUUAUCUCUCAUCUUCAUUUUGAAGAUGUGUAAAAUGCACGUGAUGAACACGGGAGUACUCCACCAUGAUAAUCAUUCUACAUUCGAGACUGUACAUUUACUAUCAUUAUUAGUGAGUGAGUAUGGUUUUACGCCGAGUUUAUCAAUAUCCCAGCAAUUUCAGGCUAGGUUUACCAGAUACGGGCUUCACACAUUAAAUCGAAGCGGAUCUUCUGCGUGACGAGAGAAAGUUUCAAAAACAAGGCCACCACACCCCUCCAUCAUGUUCAGCAAUUUAAAAAUAAACAAAUACAGACAAACAAAUAAAACAUUAAACUAUGAUUUUAAUUAUAUUUCAUCUUCUGAAAAAUACUUUGUCAUUCAAAACGCUUGGGAUAAUAGUUUCCAUUUUCAACAAAAGAAAUGCAACAUACUUAACCAUCUAAUCAAUUAUUUAAUUUGUUGAGACACACACGUGCAACCUUUCGUGACUCAUGUUUGGCGGGUUCGUCGACAGACAGAUGGAUUAAUGGCGCACGUUAUUGUAGCCGGAUUAAACAGAUUAGCACAAAUUGUCUUGUCGACAGUAAUCCCCAUUCAGUGUCCUUCUGAAGUAAUACUAGUUUGAGGUAUUAUUGUUGGCAGGGCAUUAUUGUGUUUCUAGCAAUGUUUUGACAACUACACAUAUCUGCCUUGACAGAGAGACGGACAUAAUACGGUUUUUAUUUCCCACCAAAUUAGUUCACCAACCUUUGAAAACAAUGAGGAUUAAGUCACAACUUAAUUAAUGACACAUGCAGCAAUGGUUUUCUAGUCAUUGUUGAAGCUAAGACUUAAUAUGUACGUUUGUGUAUAAAUGCAGCUGAGGUACAAUGCCCAACCAGUAUUUGUGGGAAAGCCUAUUUUAGCAUUGCAACCAUGGCAAAAGGAAACGCUGCUUCAUUUCGGGGCAUGAUAGUGGCAGUAUUUGGCACAACUCUGUUUGUAAUGGGUUAUAUCAGCUCUCAUUUUAAACCAGUCAGAAACCUGGAGAUAUCUUUGGACUCCAAAAAUAAGGCAUUUCAUCCCCCUAAUCCUAUAAGAGUGGACAGUUAUAACUCCAGAUGUCCAAGCGUUCUGCAAAACAUGACCAAAGGUCAUUGGAGGACGGGAAAGCUUACCGAAGCUCAACGUAGACAAUCAGAACGGUUUUAUCACAUGGCCUUGAACCACAAAGGAGUACCCAAUUCCCUCCAGAGAUAUGACAGUCGAUGUGGUAACAUAGGCUACACAAACGUAACGACUUUUCUUCGAGCAAUUUGCAAUCCUACAGGACCGACCCCUUGCUGCUACAACUUCAAGUGUGUUAAAAAGACAGAAGCCCAGUGUCGGUGUAAAAACUGUUGGGAUAUUCGACAGCAGAUUCACGCAGAAUAUUCUACCUGGAUACCAUCCGAUCCCCGGUGCCAACAACGACGAUACAGUGCCAAACAAAUCUGUCAGUUGUUGGACGGCGGAACCAUCCGCUUCCUUGGGGAUUCCCUCGUGCGACACAUCUACACAGGCUUGCUGAUGACGGUUCGAGGCAAUUUCAAAGACGGCGGUGUUAGACCCACAGAAUCCCGAGCAUGGAAAUCCAGAUGCUCUGGGAUGAAUAUGUUCGAUGACGGAAACUGUAGGAGGUUUCUUGAUUCAAGGCCAUCGAAUAUAUGCGGAGGCAGAGUGACGCUCAGUUGGAUGGAACAUAACUUCGGCAAAAGUUGGACAGAACUAAUCAAUGACGUCAUUGUAGGCUUAGCUUACCGGAAGACACUGUUUGUAAUUGGCAUAGGUAUGAAUGAGCAUUAUAACUCAACUAAAGUGAAGAUGGAAUAUCUGAAGCCAACGUUCGAUAGGUUACGAAAAAUUGGAAUACUCUCGCCCAAGGUAUUGUUUGUUGAUAUGAAUGCUGCAGGAAUUAUGAAACGUUCAGAUACACAGUCAAAGCCUCACGUCCUUCGAUUCAAUCGCGACAUGGAGAAGUUUCUGAAGGUAUAUAAAGUACCCGUUUUAAAGACAUUUAAUAUGACAGACGGCGUGCGUAGCUUUGAUGGAACACAUUACGCUUUGGGAGUGAAUGCCGUGAAAGCGUACAUUUUCCUGAACUAUGUACAGGAACUCAGUGAUAGUGGGGUUUGGUAGUUGAUUAUGGAAUUUAUGAAUGACAAUAUGCAUAAUAAAUUGUCGUGUUAGAUACUCGCAUGUACAUGUUGUAAGAUACAUGAAGAUUAUCAUACGGGCAUGUGUGUCAUAUGCGUUUUACGAAACGAGUGUCAGAAUUCUUGCAGUUCCCGAGCAAGUCCGAGGGUAAUACAUGAAAUCUUACACGAUCUUCGUAAAACCAGUUGACUCCCAUGCGAGUGUAAUAAUUUCUUUAUCACCCAUUAUUUCUUAAUCCUUUUGAAAUUUGCUGAUCUCGAUCACCGUCUUAAAAAAAGCUCGAGCGUCGAAUGACGUCAACAAUCUUCAGGUAUGACGUUUCUAGUGUGACGUCAUUCCGACAUUAUGUCACAAAAGAUUCGAAUGGCAUCAACAAUACACGUAAACAAUACACUGGUGCGCUUGAAGAGAUAUUUGCCCCAGUCAACGUACGUUUUUUAUGAACUCGUCUAUUUCUAUCGCUAUUGGUUAAAAAAGAUUAAAUGCGAUUUUAAUAUUGAAAUAUAGUUUCAAAAUAAAAAAACAUGGUAAACAUGGUCGUUUGAUUUCUUUUUUUGGUUUUUUUUGGACAUUUUUUAUUCCUUUCGAAGGGUUGUACAUCAGGUUCAGAGGUUACACAGUAGGUUUAGUCAAUUGUAGUGAAAAUACGUUACAUGGAUGUACAUUUCAUGUGAUAUAAAUAUAGCAUGCAUAAUUGAAACACACACACACA